AUGAGCGCAAAUUCGCAAUCGUCAUCAGCGCCAGCAUCGGAGCAUAGGGAUCACGAGUCCGAGUAUGCGGAGGAAAUCGAGAAUCCCGGACUCGAUAUCCUGUCCCUAUCGCGAGCGGUCAAAGAGAGGAAAGCGGAAUACACGCAUCGACGAAAUAUUCGAGUCAAGGUCGGCACGUGGAACGUUGCCGCCAUUUCCGGCACCGAAAAAGACAUUGGAAAGUGGUUCGUCCAGGGAGGGGGAGUGUGCGAGAAACUCUCCGGGUCAAAAUGCACACAAGGGCAGGAGCCUGAUGCUCAAAAUAACAAGCAGGACCAGUCGCGCUCAGGCGGAGACAAGACCGCGCCUUUCCACUGCAGCCCCGAAGAGAUAGAUCUCUAUGUUCUGGGGUUGCAGGAGGUGGUCGAUAUUUCUUCCCCAGCGGAAGCUCUACGGCCAUACGUGGACCCGGCGCCAUCAAAGCGAUGGAAAGAGGCAGUGCACCAGUCGCUGCCUUCUGGGUACCAGCUUGUCUCUGAAGUCCAACUGAUCGGUUUGUUGCUCCUGGUCUAUGCCUCGCCCGCCAUUGGAGAUAGUAUCUCAUCUGUCAGCACCACUUCCGUUGGCACUGGCUUGAUGGGCUACAUGGGUAACAAGGGCGCAGUGGCAGCUCGUCUUGUUCUCGGCGAAACGGCCCGUCUAGUAUUCAUCAACUCUCAUCUAGCUGCGGGGUCAGACAGGAACAGUUUGGAGCGACGCAACUGGGACUCUUCCCAGAUUGUUCAGCGUGCUAAGUUUGACCCGAUACCCUCUGAAGAAGGCGAAGCAGAUGAUUUGGGCGACGGAAUUGGAGAUGAGGACUUUACAUUCUGGUUUGGUGACCUCAACUACCGCCUGGAUGACAUCCCUGGGGAUGACGUGCGUCAAGUCCUCGCGCGGCAUACUGAAAACGCGUACGAUAAAGAGCGCCAAAAACAGCAGUCUUCAAGCAAAGCCCAGGACUCAAUUCCAGAUUCCGAAGAAUCGCCACCGCCAUCUCCCCUCGGAGAGGAUGAAACAAACCCAGUCACCGAUGAAGAGAUUGACCCUCAUAAUGACCCGGCGUCUUUACAGACCACCAUCUCCUCACUUCUACCCCAUGACCAGCUACGGCUUCAGCAACAAAAGGGAACAGCGUUCCAUAAAGGAUGGCGGGAGGGUCAAAUAACAUUUUUACCGACGUACAAAUACGAUGUUGGGAGUGUUGCCAUGUUUGACUCGAGUGAAAAGCAUCGGGGGCCCAGCUGGUGUGACCGAAUCUUGUUCCGCACCAAGCGGGAUAAGCUAAAGCAUGAGCAACUUGACCAAGAAGCCGAAAUUGCCCGACGAAGGGACGAGGAAAUGAAAGCUCGUGGGCUGGACAAGGCUGUUGCUGACGACAAUGUCCUAUUCGAAUAUGACCCUGACACUGAUGGAGUUCAAAGCGAGGACUAUGCAUCAGAUGAAGACCAAGCGGACGAAGACGCGGCCACAGCUGCCUCACAUGACUCCUUCCAAGACCCAAUCCAUUUGGACCAUUAUCUGUCCCACCAAGGUAUCUUGUCGUCAGACCACAAGCCCCUGGACGCUAUUUUUACUUUGAGCUUCGACGCCGUCAACCCCCAACUCAAGACAAAGAUUCACCAAGAGGUAGCCCGCGAAUUAGACAAGGCAGAGAACGAGGCACGUCCAGAUCUGACAGUCGUGGUUGACAAACAUGGCGAUCAAAAGCAAUCAGAAGAAGAUCCCAACGCUGUCGACUUUGGUGAUAUCGCCUUCGGUGUGCCAGUCCAUCGAUCCUUGACAAUCGCCAAUACAAGCGGUAGUGCAGCCACAUUCUCAUUUGCCGAGCGACAUGGUGACAAGGACGAAUCUAUCCCUUCAUGGCUCGAAGUCAAUGUAUCUCACUCGUCAGAGGCUGAUGACCACGGCCAAGGCACCGCUUCUUCUUCCGGCAAUCACUCUUUGCACCCGGGGGAAGUAGCAAAUGUUGAGGUUAUCGCUCACAUUCGCAACAUUGAGCAUGUCCGGUUACUUAACAUAAGAAAAGUCAAGCUAGAAGAUAUUCUAGUCCUCCAUGUGGACGGCGGCCGUGAUCAUUUUAUUUCUGUUCAUGGAAAUUGGUUACCUACGAGUUUUGGCUGCACUAUUGAUGAAUUGACGCGUAUGCCAGAAGAGGGUGCCCGUAGUUUGGCCCAAUCUGACGCUCCGCAUCCAUCAAGCACUGAGUCUUCUUCCGCAAACCGCCUGUCGGCACCCAGAGAGCUGUUCCGACUGACCGAGGCAAUCUCCGAAUUGACAGAACGCGCCGUGGCAGAAUGGAGCAUGACAAACGGUGAAUCUGAAGAGCACAAGGCACCGUGGGCAACAGACCUCUCUGGAGGCGCAUGGCCUUUCCAACCGGAUACAUGGACACUGAAAGAUCCAGAAGAACGUUCCUCGCUGCAAAACUGUGUUCAUGAAGCCCUGGACACCAACCAAGCUCUCGUCGCAGUUUUCCCUCCCGAGAUUCCAUCUAUCCAGCGCUUGGAGAUUCUCUCUGAGACUCUUCUCACCUUCCUCAAUUCCCUCAAAGACGGCAUCGUGACCGCAUCAGUAUGGCAAGAGAUGGAGCAGCAGAUGAUUGCACGCGAGAAAGCCAAAACCCCAGCUCGAACGUGGGAGGAAACCCAAGCAUGGGUCCUUGAAAGCCUCGCUUAUUCACCAGCCCACAGUGUCUCAUUUACCUUCGUCACAUUCAUGCUUGCUCGUAUUGCCAACGAAGUAGCCCCAGUUACGUCCGCUUCGUCACAGCCACCGCCCAAACAGGGCGACGAGUCAGCAGGGAAGCCUGAACCCAUAAGUUUGGAACAGACACAGCCCCCUACUCCAGCUUCUGCCUCUUUCAUCUCAACCGGUGCUUUCCGUCGCAAGAAUCGCUCCCCGAGCACAUCUACCACCAGCCCGGACGCUGCUCCUCAGAACCCUUCAAUAGCACGCCGGCAAGCAGUUGAGACUGCUUUGGCAUCAAUUUUCGCGCGUGUCCUUAUAUCUGCCUCGGCUUCUAUGCCAGCCAAGGAAAAGGAACGUCGCGCAACUGACGAGCGGAGAAGGUCAAUUAUCGAACCAUUCCUGAAGAUGAUUGGAGUUGAUGAUAAAGGACCGUCAGGAGGUCGGUCUUGA